UCUGGCGCUUCCUCCAUCCUGGGGCCGAUACCGGAGGGAUGUUCCCAGCUCAGGAGGAGGCUGAAAGGACCGUGUUUGUGGGCAAUUUAGAGGCCCGCGUGCGGGAAGAGAUUCUUUACGAGCUAUUCCUUCAGGCUGGGCCACUAACCAAAGUGACUAUAUGCAAAGACAGAGAAGGAAAGCCGAAAUCUUUUGGAUUUGUCUGCUUUAAGCACCCAGAAUCAGUGUCUUAUGCAAUAGCUUUGCUGAAUGGAAUUCGUUUAUAUGGAAGACCAAUUAAUGUGCAGUAUCGAUUUGGAAGUUCUCGCUCUUCAGAACCAGCGAACCAAAGUUUUGAGAGCUGUGUGAAGAUAAAUUCACAUACCUACAGGAAUGAAGAAAUGUUGGGCAGAUCUUCCUUUCCUAUGCAGUUUUUUCCAAUUAACAAUACUGCUUUACCUCAAGAAUAUUUUUUCUUUCAGAAAAUGCAGUGGCAUGCACCUAAUCCAAUGCUGCAGCUUCCUUACUAUGAGAUGACAGCCCCGCUUCCCAACAGUGCGCCUGGGUCUUCCUCACUGAGUCAUGUUCCCGAUCUAGAGGCUGGACCCAGCUCCUAUGAAUGGACUGUCCAACCACCAAGUGACUCUGACCUUUAUCAGAUGAAUACACGAAAGAGGCAAAAGCAAACCAGUGACAGUGAUAGUAGCACAGAAAACAAUAGAGGAAAUGAAUUCAGCCCCAAAUUCAGAAAAUGUAAGAAAAAGAAAAGAUAUUAGUAUUACCUUCAGAUAAUAUGUAUCUACAUUGAUCUUAAUUCUCUUUAAAGAAAAGUGACCAAUUUCUUGAGUAUCUUGUCUUUUUGAAAUAUAUGAAAAUAUGACUUAUCUGAUUUACUAUUCAACUUUUGCCUUGAAUGACAAAGGCUUUUAAAAAUAAUAUAAUGUACUACUUUUAUAUGUCAUAAUAUAUUUCACCCAUUGCCAAUAAGAAAUAUACUUUGUAUCAUUUUAUUUAAUAUUGGUGAUGAAAUUUCAUUAAACUAUUAACUAAAGUCAGUUACUGAACACUUAUGGAUAAGGCACUGUGUUUUCUCCAGAUUGUCACCUAUAAUAUUCAAGUUCAAUUAAGUUGCAAUUAGAAGUGGAACAUUGGAUUUACUAAAAGAAACUAAUGCAAAUAUUUAAGAGUUCCAUGUGGUUCCUAGUGAAUAUGUUAUAAAGGAGUUUUGUUCACUUUGUUAAUAACAUUUUAUUUGUUAUGUUUACAUAGAUUCUUUCUGAGCCUUACUGUCCUUCAGGUUUAUUUUAUAAAAUGAGGACAUAAGACAGUGAUACCAAAGGAAAGAUAAUUAUCAUGGGAUUAGCUUUUGGGUCAUUGCCUUGUUAUAUGAGUUAAAUAGGGAUGCCUGCCUCUUUACUUCUACUUUUUAUCAUGAAAAUUAAGUUUGCUAUGUAAUUAUUAUAUUAUCUACCUCUUUUGCCAGCCAGGUUUGAGAGGAUAUAUUUAAUGUAUUUAAAUCUUGAUAAUGAAUAAGUAUAUAGAAUGAUAUUUUAUUCAUUUUUGAUAUUAAAUACUUAAUUGUCCAAAAAAGUUUUCUAUUUGGGGUUCAUUUAUUUUAAAAGAUAAAUAGGCUCCAUGUUAAAUAAAUGGUUUAUUUGGACAUUUUUGUUAAUUUUAUAGUUCACAAAAAAUUAGAAUGAUAAGAAUUAUAUUUAUUAAAGCUAAUGGAAAGAAUCACUCAACUCCUUUGUAAAUAGAGCACCAAAUUCAGUAGGAAGGGCCAUGCUUGAAUGUUCCUUUUGCAUGUUACAUAGCACUUUACAGAUACUUAUUGUUUAAAAGAAUAAAGAUUUGUUUUAACAAAAGGAGUAACUGAAUUUAACUUAGUUAUAAAUAUACAAUGUAGUAGAAUUUACAACAAACAUUGGUCUACUUUCAUCUGAUCAAUAUGAAAAACUAAAUUGUGUGUUCUGUAGUUUUAACUGUGUUUCCUGUUCUUGAAUACUGAAACUCAUACUUUUUUCUUUUUAAAUUCACAUUUUUGCAAUUUAGAAUCAUGCCAAAGGGAAAAUGGUUUCUGCAUAAUUAGAAAACAGUAUAUCUUUAAAAAGAUUAACUUCACUUCACCUUAGUGUUUUCUUUAAUUCUAUAAUUUACCUUAAACCUAAAUUAUUUUGUUGUGAUUGUUAUUAUUGGCAGUAUAUAUAAAAAUAUUUCUUAGCAAUUCAGAAUAGCAUAUGUAUAAGAAAAAUACCUUGAAAUACUAUUACAUUAAUUAAAAUGUUAGAACUGCAAAAAAAUUGUUAAUUUCUUCCAUCAUAGUCAGGAAAGUACAUGUUAUGAUUUAGAUAUGAUGGGUCCCCCAAACACUCAUGUGUUUUAAAGCACGGUCCCAAAUGCAGCAGCGUUCAAAGGUGGAAUCCUUGGGAAGUGAUUACAUCAUGAGGGUUCUGACAUCAUCAGUGGGUUAAGUGAAAGAUUGACUAUUGGACUACUGGGAGGUGGUGGACAGUGUAGGAAGUGAGACCUCAUAGAAAUGAGUGCAAACUUGGGGGUUUACUCUUGGGGACUGUAUCUUGUCCCCAACUUAACUCCUCUCCCUCUCCAUCUCCUUCUCUCUCUCUCUCUCUUACACUCUCUCGAACUCUCCCCUCUUUCUCUUCCCCCUCCU